CGGAGCGCUAUUAGUUGCAAAAUAAAUUGCUCCCACACAGACCAGAAACCAAAAACAGGUUCAUGUUCAUGUUCGGUUCGGUUUUGGUUUAAGUUUCGGUUUUCAAAAGAAGAACACCACCAACCACCCCCCACGACAACCAACCACGCCCACGACUAUUUCGACCCCACUUUUGGGCACUCCUUGCGGAAUUUGCGGCCCUCUUGAAGGUCAAAUGCCGUGCCAAGGUGAAAUGGAUAAAUGCUUUAACAUGAAUUUCAAUUGCCAAUCGACAAAUGGCCAUUUGUGGGCGGCGGGUGGAAAUGUGCUUCGGGAAUAAACACCACUUACCGCAAACUGGAGAGCUUGAAGGGCACAUUCAUUAUGAAGGCAAACUAGAAUAUUUACACUCGAUACCUCAUUGAUUGAACUGAGCUCUUCUUCCUUAAUAGCCAUGCAUAGAUACAUAUACUUUUUCAUGAUACAAUGCAGGCCGCAAAAGUAUGCUUUUACUUCGAAGCACUGCGUUUUUAAAGGGUAUCAUAGUGAGAUCCCAAUAUAUAAUAUAUGGAUUGAGAUUUAAUAGUUUUGAACAAUUCUGCAAAGUAUUUAGUGGUAUGUGAGCUUUAGGUAUAGAAUCGAACUAACAAUCUAUUUAAUAUUUGAUGUAUUGUGGUGCUUUAGCUAUAGAAUCGAACUAAGAAUCUAUUUAAUAUUUAAUGUAUAGUUGCUUUAGCUAUAGAAUCGAACUAAGAAUCUAUUUAAUAUUUAAUGUAUAGUUGCUUUAGCUAUAGAAUCGAAUUAAGAAUCUAUUUAAUAUUUGAUGUAUUGUGGUGCUUUAGCUAUAGAAUCGAACUAAGAAUCUAUUUAAUAUUGAAUGUAGUAGUACACAUAUUUAGCGUAUUUAUAAUAUACUAUUGUAAAAUAAUCGGAUUGAUCUUCGCAUUAAUUUUGAUUUUAAUAAUUUUUGAUUUAAUACUAUUUAUGUACAAGUAUAUAAAUAAUAUGCAUGAAAACCAUCCGCAUGUGUGCCCCAUAAAAUGCAUUAUGUUAAACAAUGGAUGCAGUGCUCUGCUGUGCAUUCGAGGAGGCAUCUGGCGCCUCGAAAUGAGCUGCGGUUGCAAGGAGGAGCUGGAUGCGUGAAUGGAAUUACGGGGGAUUCGGCAUGGUUGAACCUUUGCCGGUCCAAGGAGCCGUGAGUCAAGGGAGUCCAACCAGGCGACUGGAAUUCCAGUUCCUGGGCGUCCGCACAGCAGGGCACAUUAUGGAAACUAUUUGCCACCUAGUGGAAGAUGGCGAGUGGAAUGCUGGGCGGGAGAUUUGGAAUGAGAAGUGCCAGUGGAGGUGGAAGUGGGAGUAGAAGUGGGAGUGGGAGUGGAAGUGGAAAACGGGGUGAACUUUCCCGGCGGCGGCAGAGGGACACUUCACUCUGUCGGCAUGUAAUUUGUUUAGUGUGUGAAAAUGAAACAUUUUUGUUGUCGCUGCCACUCCCCCAAUCUGCUCGCGCCAGGGUUUUCUGUGUCGUCCUGGAGGACAUCGUAAAACACGGCGAAUGAUUGAUGGUUUUUCUUAACGAAGAACGGGACAAACAAAUGAAACUUUUGUUUCUUGCAUAAUAAAAUAGCGUAAACAGCGGUGCGGGCGACCAGGACUCACCAGGACUCUCCAGGACUUACACACAUUCCAACCGAAAAGCGAAGACAACGGAACACAAGAACCAAAAAAAAAAAAAAAAAAAAAAAACUGAGCAGAAAACAAAGAAUCAACUUACUCUUAAUUCCUUAUACAAAAGAAUUUUUCAAUUUUACGCCAAAAUAAGUUUGGCCAUGCCAGUAAUUUUUCACCCCAAUGCGGGCGUGGGGCCGAAAGUGGGCGUGGCUCCUGCCGCAGACCAGGUUGAGGACUAACCGAAGCCUAAGUGCAUCGUAAUUAGUUGUAAUCAUUUCGAUGUACCGACGUUUUAAGCCCAUCCGUGGUGGGGGAGGGGUGGGAAAAGGCAACAGAGGGUGGUAUGGGGUGGAUGGAAAACCCUGCCGAGUGGCUCGACAUGUUACCGAAAACCGAAAGUGUCAAAGCUUAUAAACGUCAGCCAUAAUUAUGCCUGCAGGAUAAUUGUUUAGACACAUGAGCAUAAUGAAAACAUGACAUGGCAUCCUGCGAGAAUCAAAAUGCGCCCACCGCCAGCUACCCGCCCCCGCAAUCCCCCCUACCAUGCAGGGCCCUGGGGUGAGUGUGUGGUGUUUGUGUGUGUGUGUGUGGGUGGGUGUACUGAUGUGUAAAUGUUUGCUCGCACACAUACAUACUCCCAUGUUUGCAGUGGCUGUGUGUGUGUGUGUGUGUGUUGGUAUUCUGGCUCUUGGCAACACUUGGGCCAUAAACAAGCGCCCAAGGUGACAUGGACGGUGAGCCGGGGGGUUGGGGGUGGUUAGCCGGGGGGCGGAUGAGCGGAUGUGGAUCUGAAUGAGGAUGAGAUGUUGUUUUUCCCGCCAGGAAACGCCGGCAGUAAAAAGUACAAGGAAGCAAGCAUGCGGCGGCAACUUUAACGAAAAAGAUGUCACCAGAUGAGCAAAAAAUAUUAAAAGUUGUGCAUUAACAUUUGCUACGCUUUUUAACUGAUUUCAAAAAACUUCAUGUAUUAUUAUAUGCAACUUGAAGCUGAGAUUAGGAAUUGGUUUAAUGAUAGCUUGUAAAUUUUUCAUUGUGAAAAUUUUAUAGAAUGUAUCCACGUUACGAGUCUUAAAGGUACCAAUAUACCAUUUUAGUAUUGACCUAAAAUCUUGGCUUUGAAUAAAUUAUAUUAAUAUAUUUAUGAAUGUAUUAAUUAUUUAAUGUUUACAUCACGUCCAAAGCCAAAGUACUUCGAAGUACUGACUAUGAGCAAAAAUCCCUUUUCAGAGCGCGAGUUCGUGAAUUGGAGCACCGCAUAAACGUGGAAAAGAGCAGCGCAAGCAGCGCGUCAAAGUUCAUCCAAAGCUGGUGCUUUGAUGAAAGGACAUGGGGAUGUGUGCGCUGUUGUUGCCGAGUCCUCAUAAUACACACACACACACACACAGAGGCGCACAUGUUAAUUACUGUUAUCAUUAUGAAUCGCAUACAGGACUAAUUAGUGUGUUACACUUUCAUUUAUUGUUCAGGGGGCGAGCGAGCUGCGAUGACGAGGCUGACAACAACUCUCUUGUAUAACAACCAAAAUGCAAACACACACGUGCACCAGAGGCCCCGCCCCCCACUCGCCCCCACUCACACACACAAUGAGACAACACAACACAGCACAGCACACCACAGAACAGCACAGCGCACACACACACACCCACACACACCCACACCCACGCAUGUUAAGUGUUUAACAUAAUGAACACGCGUAUUACGAGGGAAUUAACAUGACAUUUAACAACGCCACCGAGACAAAACCCAACGAAAGCUACAACAAUUUGUAGCUGUCUGUGAUUAAAAGUGCGACAUUCCGAACUUUUGCUGAGUAAUCCCGAAACUCCAAAUCCCGAGUCCCGAGUACCGAGUCCAGAUUUUCUUUACAUUCUCUUUUUAAAGCGAAAAUCGUUUCCGCUUCCGUCUUCGGCGGCCUGAACGGAUUUUUCGCCAUUUUUUUUCGGCCAGCCCCGCCGCAUUAUCGUCGUUCUAGCCAUGGCACUUCCACUUCUAUUGGAUUUUAUUGUUAUGCUUAUGUGGCACUUUUCAGUCCAGCCCCUUCAUUUUGCGCGAUUUUCCUCUCGCCGGCUCUCAUCACAUUGUCAUUGCAUUCCGCCAUUCCGCCAUUCUGCGCAAACUUUCUGGCCGCGUCCAAAGGAAGAGAGAAAGAAAAGCACUGCAAACUGCUGGCCAACUAAGUUUAAGUAGCUGCAACAUAGAUUCUAAGGACUUCCGCCAGCCGAGGCCACGACCAUGGCACAAGGAAGAAUUCAGGAUGCGGCGCACAGUGCGCCAGGAUGGGCUAUUGCACCUCCAAAUUUGCAGCAACCCUAAGUUGGAACAUUUUAAAUAGAUUGAAAAUCCAUUUUAUACUGUUCCAAGAACCAUGCAAUUCUCCGGAAUAUCCAGUCCCAACCUCAUGGCUCCAAAGCAAACACUUGGGAGCUGUAAUGAGCGAGCCAGCUCGUUGUGUAAACUUUAGAAUUGCCAGAUGCAAUUGUCCCAGGUCAAUUAUACCAGAUGGUGCUCGAUAAGAAGUAGCGCACACAGCAAAGUGCAGACCAUUUUCCAGACAACAUUUCUAGAGCUGGUCAGUCGAUUGCAUUCAUGUCCGCGACAUGUUGGCAAGCUUGGAUCGGAGCACUGGCCUUUCCGCCGAGCUGCAGGAGCUCUACGGAAUGGUGGUUCAUUUUCUGCUGAGGGGAGAGACCACACUGGUGACACUGGUGUACUACAAUCCCGCAGGACUCGACUGCAGUUGGGGGAUCCUGUGGCAGCGCAACCUGACUGCCCAUCCGCAGAUCGUGUGGCAGCGCAGCUCCUCGUACCUGAACCUCUACGAUCGGCUUAACUCGCCCCUCUUGGUACUGGCCUGCUUGCCGAUGGACUCCAGUGCUGCAAUGCAACUGGAAACCCUGGCCAAUAGCUUAAAACACCUGCGGACGGUGGUUCGAUUGCUCAUCGAGGUGGCUGGACCUGAUCAGGAAUCGCUGGCCCGUCAGUAUCUCUCGUAUUGUGUGCGCCAAAGCAUGCUGCAUGUGGAGCUGUACUUCCGGAACUACCGCCCCUCCCUGAUCCUCUACACCUUCCAAGCUUUUCCCAGUUUCGAGCUGGUAAAGAGGCGGAUUUCGGGCGGACAGGCCGUGCAACUGUUUACCCAUAAACUGGAUAAUCUGCGGGGACAUCGUCUGCGUGUGAUGCCAGAUCUGUCGCCACCGAACACCUUUUUCUAUCGCGAUGCCAGAGGCGACGACCAGAUAACCGGCUACCUGUGGGACUUCUUGGCCACGUUUGCCGGUAGUGUUAAUGCUGGUCUGGAGGUAGUGCGUCCCAGUUGGCGGGCAGGUUCGGCCUCUGAUAGUAGCUACAUGUUGGAGUACUCCGCGAAGGGCUUCAUAGACGUGGGCCUGACCACCACGCUGAUCACCAAGCGGAAUCUCUGGGGCAUCCAUCAGUACAGCUAUCCGCUGCUGAUCUCCAACUGGUGCACCAUGUUGCCGGUGGAGCAACCCCUACCAACUUCGGACUUGUUCGGCCGGAUCGUGUGUCCAGCAUUGGCGAUUCUCCUGCUACUCAUCAUCCUCGCAGCCAGGCUGUUGUUCACGCAUCUGAGUUGCCUGACGCGAUUGCAGAACUCACGGCCAGCACGGAUCGUGCCCCACCUGCUGGCCCUGCUCCUGCUGACCACGUGCAGUGCCCAACUGCUAUCGCUCCUGAUCUAUCCGCCCUAUCAAGACAGAAUCGCCAGUUUUGAGGAUCUGCUGCGCGGCGACAGGAAGAUCCUGGGUAUACGAAGCGAGUUCUACGACAUGGAUGAGGCAUUCCGAGCGCGGUAUGCAGGCAUAUUUCACCUCAUUGACGAUCCCAACGAGCUGAUCGAUCUGCGCAACCACUUCAACACUACGUGGGCCUACACCAUGCCCUACCUCAAGUGGAUGGUGAUAAAAAUCCAGCAACGACACUUUUCCAAGCCCGUUUUCCGUUGGUCCUGGGAUCUCUGCUUCUGCGAAUUCAUGCCCACCAGCGUUGUGAUGGCCCCUGAUUCGAUUUACUGGGAGCCCUUGAAGGACUUCACCUUCAGUGUCCAUCAAGCUGGUCUAAUGGAUCACUGGAUUCGAAAGAGCUUCUACGAUAUGGUCAAGGCCGGCAAGAUGAGCAUCAAGGACUACAGCAAACUGGAGAUCCUUAAGCCCCUGAAACUCGGCGACUUGGAGAUCGUGUGGUGGCUCAGUGGAGCAUUCAUCGCAGUGGCCUCUGCGGUUUUCCUGAUGGAGCUGGUGUACUUUUACAUCAACGUAUUCCUUAAUGGCUUGUAAAAUAUUUUGGAAAAACUGAAAUAUUAAGAGGUCUAUGAAAAAAGUAAAAAGUAAAAGUAAAGUGCUAUAUUCUAGCGUACUAUUCUUUAAUACAACACAUAAUAUUCAAACAAUAUUUGAAUAGAAGUGUAGCACAUUUUAAUCCUAAUAUUACCAAACUGAACACUGAAUUAUAAUCUUUAAUGGAAUAUUCAAAGAGUGUAGCUGUUAACGCAUAUUUUUUUUACUAUCUUAUAAAAUAAAGUAUAGUUAUCUGAUUAA